UAUAAAAGGAAAGUCAAAGGAAGUUGAAAGAAAACGCAAUAAAACGAACCUUCUAUGAAUAUUCUUUUGUACCGUGGUCUACGUUGAUUCAUCUUGAAAACAAAUUGAAAAUCCCGAAUAAAAGUUCCUAUUGUCCUAUCUGUGGUUAUGUUUGUCAAGGGUUCAAUUUAUUUUAAUAUAUAUACUUUUGAACUGUAAACGGUGCCGAAUACCGAGGAAUUUUGUAAAUGACUUGGCAAAACGUGACACUAUUUUUAUAUAUCUACCACGUCAUCGAGCUGAACGGGAAAAGGCACUUUAACGGUAAAAUAUGUGUUCAUUGGAACUUUUAAUAUUGUAAUCUGAGCAAAACAUGUCAGAAAGGAAAGUGGAUACAGAAAUUGUGCGGCAGCAGUAUACAAACGAUACGAGCCUCAUUGAUGAAGCUGAAAUUAUUGAUGUGUCUGUUUUUGAUUUUGAUGACCGUGAUGGCUGGUUGUACAUACCAUCAGAAUAUAAAAUGGAAUCCACUGUUCAUGAUUUGUACACCUGGUUAAAAACUGAACCAGAGUUAACUUUUUCAGCUAAUAAAAAAUCUAUUGAUACAAGAACAUUUACGAGAUCGAAAAAGCGGUCUAGUAGAACUACUUUUGAAUCUAUUUUGGAAUCUUUAUCUUCACCUGUGUCAAAUACAUGGAAAACUUCGAAUUUUUCAAAUAUAGAGGAAGAUUUAAGCAAAUAUUCAGACAUAUCUACUACGAACAAAGAAGAAGCUGUGCCUCCUAUGUUAAAAAUGGCACCUAAUACAAGUAUUAAUUUUCUUCCUGAUGAGCCUGUAACAUCAGGUCAAGAAAGCAUGGAAGUAUUCUUAAAUAUGUCUCAAUCAAAGGGAAUUGACUCAUUUAUUAAUUUAAUGGAACCUGGCCUUAGUGAUCCACUGAUGAACGUUUCACAACCUUCUAUUUUUUAUUCAUCUAUCACUUCAUUACCUAGAGAUGAUUCAUUACAUAAUACAGAAUGUAGCAGAGAUGAGGAAUCUUUAAAUAUAACUCAGUUGUGCAGUCAAGAAAUUUACAAGUGUGAAGAUAUUAAAGAUUCAAAUGUCAAUGAAACUUUCUUAAAAAGUGAUGAAGCAGACAAUAACAAAAGCUACUGCCUGAGCACAACGAAUAAGACGUUUACAAAUAAAUCUGAUGACAUUGGAAGAGAAUUAAAUGAAACUUAUAAUGCUGAUGAAGCUUCUGCAAUGGUUGUGUUAUCAAAUUCAGAUAAAGAUAGAUUUAGUAUAACUAAGUUGUCUUCCACAUAUGUAAAUAAAGAUGAUACUAAUACACAAAUAUUACAAUCAGAAAAUAGUGAGAGAAAAGAAUUAUGCAAUUUAAACACUACAUAUCCUUCGGUUUUCCAAAAAGCAGAAAAUUCGCAUAUUUUAGAUACUACAUAUUGUACAGCAGAUAAUGAAAAAGCAAUCAAUGAUAUAAUUUCAACUGAUAAAAAUGAUAUACAAUGUGAUAAAGAUCAAGUAUACGAUUUGCAAAAAAGUAUAGUUCAUGAUGUAUUGAAAGAUAAUGAACCUCCCAUACCUUCUACAGAUUCUUCUUUUACACUUCACGAUGAUGCUUUUAACCCUAUAUUCAAGUUGCCUAUUCCUCUUUGCAACCAGUCAACUCCUAAAAAUAUAGACAUGUUAAAUUUCACGUAUAGAACGAUUACCAAGCCUAAGCCUUUAGAAUCAUCUCGAGUAUACAACACAGCUUUAAAUUUAAGCAAUAAAGCGCAGACAUUAUUAAGGAAAGAAUUAUUAUCAGAAAUAUACAAAAGUGGAGAUCAUAGACUGGAUUGUACCUUCAAUCAUGUAAUUAAAGAAGACCAAAUUGGGAAGACUAAGAAGGAAAUCAAUGAGGCUGUGAGCCAGAAUGUCAAGAAUGAUAUUCCUAUAGAAAAUAGAUAUAAUACAUAUAAAAAGGAAUCACCAAUUAACAAAAUUAAACCUCAUGCCGAAAUAGCAGACGAGGCAGGAGCUUGUAUUAAAAAUUCGCCAGAAAAGAAAUAUUAUACAUUCACAAAAAAGAGUAGUAAUCAUGGUGGCAAAACUGACAUGGAAAAUGCAGAAUCAUUUGAUAACGCGGACGCUACAUUCGUAAAACCAUUUUCAAAAUUACAGAAGCGGAAGCAACAUAUGUCGCGGACGUUUUCAAAAUUGCCACAGUUUCUUCAAAAGUCUAAUCCGAAUCUUGUAUCCAAUUCAUUGAAAACUGUUAACAUAACAGGUACAAAUGUGUCUAACUAUGGAUACAUGAAAGGUUCGCAACCAAACAUUGUAAGAGACGUUGAAAAAACUCUAGUAAAUAAAUUGUAUUCUCUCGGAAAAAUGAGAAGUGGUUCUGAACAACGCCUUUUAGAAUUGAACACAGGCGUUGGGGAACUUCAAGUAUUAGGUGCUGCAGGAUCUACAGAAAGUAUUGAAAGUACACACAGUGCUCAUAGUGCACCUGAUUUAGAUGAUAGACUCAGUACAUGUUCGGAUAGUAGCCACAAUUCAUAUACAACACAGCCAAUGAAUAUUGAACAACUGCAUCAGAUAGUACGGAUGCAAGAAGAAAGUUUGAAACAAGAUGCAACAUCUGGAUUAAAUAGGCGAGUUUUGGAAAGUGCUUGGGUUGGUGUAAAAAAAGAUUUGUCUUCUCCUAUACUAAAAAAUGGUAUUGAUAAAUGUGACAGUGAUUCACCAUUAAGUAUUGACUCCAAUGUUAAAACAAGCUCUCCAAUAUUAAGUCCUACAAGAUCUAGUCAGUCAAUAAAUACUGAUGAUCUAACUACAGAAACUGUAUUGAAACAACAGAAUGAAGUAGAUAUGGUAAAAAAAGUUGAAGCUUUUAAUAAACCAACUAUGAAAGUUGAAAAUAAAACGAGACUGCGACAACCAACAAAUUGGAACACAGGCAAUAGACCUUCAAAUCUUAUGAGUGCUAUUCCUAGACCACCAUCACGCAUACCAGCACCUAGAUUUGUCAGGCCAACCACAAAGAAUAUCCAAGGAGAUAUAAAACGAGGAUAUAUGUAAAAUUAUAAGGAGUAUCCAUAAUCAAAGUAUGCGUUUUUAAAUAAUAUUCGUAAUUUAAUCUGUAUUCAUACUGCAAUUUGUAUAAAAGAUGUUUUAAGUUAUGACCUUGGAGGGAAGAUGAUAAAAUUCAGUAUUAUUAGAUUUUCAAGAAUAAUAAAAAAUAAAAGAAAUUGAAUUUAUAUCAUACUCCUAACCUUUUUGAGAUUAUUUAUGUUUAUAAAGAAAACAACAAAUUUAAAAAUGAAAUAUCUUUAUGACAAUUUGAUGUACAAAUUUUUUUAUCAAAUGAUCUGUUGAAAGACUAUUUAGAAUAUAAUGUUUCAUGUAAACCUUCUUUUAUCUAAAUUGCUUUUUUUAAAAUAUUCAGAUAUUUAAAACCAAAAAUUACCCCUCCAAAUUUUUAGCUUUUCAGUAAUUAUUUAUAGAGUCCUUAUAUUUCAAUUUGAAUGAUUUUCAUAUAUUGCGAAAAUGCAAAAAUAUAAUGAAUAUGAAUUGCUAUAUUUGCAGCAUGAGAUAAUCCCUGUUACAUGUGUAGAUAUAUAAAAAUCAUUUUUUAUAAAAAUGUUGUUAAAUAUAAAAUGGAAUUGUAUGUCAACAAGAGAGUAUAUGCACGAUGUGUGUAUUCCACUUACAGGGUUAAUAAUAUACCAGUAACAUGCUGUGUGUAGCUAUAAGAGAAAUUUUUGGAUCUGACAUUUUUAUAAACUUUUUUGUCAGGAAAAUCACGUGAAACAGUGAGAAUGGACUGAUAUGAAAAGUAUUUAAACCUAAGAAAGUAUUUAGAAAUAAGUUUAUUUUAUACUAUUA